GGAUUUACCCGCGGAUGCUGACCGUGCUCUGGCUCGUGGCCGUGGCCGUCGAGGCUGCGACGUCGCCGGCGUUCCGAGCGCAUGGCCCAUGGACGCCAAGUAGACGAGCUCUCUCCGAGGACGAGCGUGUGACGUGGUGGGUCGGUGUCAAGGCGGCGCGGCCAUACGCCCUCGACGACGCGUUCACAAAUGUCACAACACCAUCACACCCCCGCUUCAUGCGCUACCUGAGUCGAGCCGCCGUCGAUGCGCUCACGCAGCCCGAAGCCGCGGCGCUGCCUGCGCUCACGACGUGGCUAGGCAAGCUCAACACGACGUACUCGGCGGCGUCCAACCUCCUCGUCGUCGAAAGCUCAAUUCUCGAGCUCGAAGCGCUUCUCAACACGACAUUGACCGAGUUUGCUGCGUCUGGCUCGCACCGCGUCGUCAAGGCAACGACGCCCAUUCACGUCCCCGAGGUCGUCGCCGCCUACGUUGACUUUGUCAGCGUAACGUUGCCUGCGUCCUCCAUCGUUCCUAGCGCUACCGACGCAACGGCCACCCUCCAUCCAUCGCGCCGCCUCGAUGCGAAGACCUUGAUCACACCCACAGUGCUGCGGGGCCUGUACCACGUCCCCGCCGACCUCGUCGUGACGGACCCGCAGGCGACGCAGAGCUUCGCCGUCUUCUGUGACGCGUCCUACUCGGAAACCGACUUGACCGACUUCAACGAGACUAUGGGCACGCCUCGCGCGCAAUUGGCCCAGCGCGGCAACCGACCCAACGACCCGCGUUCGCCGCAUGCUGAGCCGUCGCUGGACGUCCAGUACCUCACGGCCAUGGCGCCGCUCGCGACCACGUACGCUUGGCUCAUGCGCGGGCGCAACCCGUUCUCGGCGCUGGACGAGCCUUUUGUCGCGUGGGCCGACGACGUUCUCUCGCGGUCGUCGCCUCCGCUCGUGCACUCGAUUAGCUACGCCGACGACGAGCGCCACUUGGCCGCCACGGCGCCCAACUACCUCCGCAGUCUCGACCGCCUCCUCCAGAAAAUGGCGCUCCGCGGCCUGACCGUGAUCGUUGCAAGCGGCGACGACGGUGCCAUGGGUCUGCGACACCGCCAGCGCAACCUGUCCCUGGCAAUAGCAUGUUCACAGGGUGGGCCGCAAUGGCCAGCGUCCAGUCCGUACGUGACGUCGGUGGGGGCCACGAUGCUGCUCGAUGGCGCCGAGACCGUGUGCAUGGCCGACCACGGCGGUCGCAUCACGUCCGGUGGCGGCUUCUCGUCCGUGUACGCGCAGCCCGCGUACCAAGCACGGGCGCUGGCGUCGUAUAUCGCCAGGGCGCCAGUGCCAACGACGUAUGCGAACCUCUCGGGUCGCGGGUACCCGGAUGUGUCGGCGAUCGGGGCGCACUACCGCGUCCGUGUCCACGGCAAGUGGCGAUCGAUCAGUGGCACGUCGGCGUCGACGCCGGUGCUAGCGGCCAUGGUCACGCUCUGGAACGACGCGCGACUGCGAGCGGGCAAGUCGCCCGUCGGCUUCCUCAACGCCCUUCUCUAUCGGUUCCCCGCCAAAGACGCGUUUUUCGACAUCACCGUAGGUGACAACCGCGCGGGCAAACUCCUAAAGGACAAUGCGCCCCGGUGUCCGCACGGCUUUGACGCGACGCGGGGGUGGGACGCUGCGACGGGCCUCGGGGCGCCGCGAUUCCAUGCGCUCCUUCCGCUCGUAUUGCACGCCGAAGACGUCUUGCGGGGCAACUUGACGGCGCUGACGAUCCCGUCGGUCGUCAACGACACCCGCACGUCCCUCUUGGCAGCGACCAAGUCGUCGGUCAUUCAGUCAGUCGUCAAGUCGGUCGUCACGUCCAUGGGCGCCACGUCGUGGCUGCGGGGCGCAGGCAUCUUUGGCGGCACCCUCGCGCUGCUGGUCUGUCUCGCGACGGCCUUCAUGACGCUCUGCGUCAAGCUCUGCAGACGCCGGCCGGCGCGCUCCGAGAAGGUGCCCGACGGCCACGACACGACGCUGUAA